AUGUUUCAGAACAGCUUAGCUUCUAUGCUUGAAAGUUGGUUUAUUCCUAUUAAAGGCCAUAUCCGGAAUUUUUUGCCUAUUUUGAUCUUAUGGUAUAUUUGGAAAGCUCGUAAUGAGGCUAAGCAUGAUAAUAUUAAGAUGGAUCCUACUCUUAUUAUUAACAAUAUUAAGAGAAAGGUUUUCCAGCUUUUUAAUUUGAAUGUGAUUUCGAGCAAGACCUUUGCCAAGCAUGCGAUUUUAGCUGGGGCUUUUUAUAUUCAUUUAGAUACGACGUUGAUUAAUAUUCGUGAGUCUUUCGUUUAUUGGAUUAAACCUAAACUGCAUUAUGUGAAAUUAAAUACUGACGGUCCAGUCGAUAGGGAAAAGGCUAGAGCGGGUGGGCUCAUUAGGGAUUUUGGUGGUGAAAUUUUAGCAGCUUUUGCUGCUCCUGUGAUUAAGCGAAAUGUUAUUUUUGUGGAGCUUCAGGCUCUCCAUUUUGGCUUAGAUCUCUGCUUAAAAAAGGGUUUUAACAAUGUUUGGAUUGAAGUGGACUCUCUUUUUUUUCUUGUUCAAAAUGUGGGCAAAGGGAAUGGGUGCGCGGAUUGGCUUGCCAAAAAGGGUUCUUUGAUGGAGGAUUAUGAGGAACUGGAUAUUCUUAACAUUUACCCUAUUCUCAAAGGGAUGCUGUUAAUGGAUAAGUGUUGGGUUUCUGGGUGUGUUUCCUGUAUUGGUUUUCUGAUCUGUGGCGGGGGAUUUACUUUUCUCUGCCCUUGUGAUGGGUGGCUGUCGGACUG